AUGGCUUCGCCCAUCAGCACACCUCCCGUGCCUAUUCCGAUAGGGGGAGUGACUGUGCAGCCGAGAGAUAUGCUUGCUGUCCGCAUACGUACCAGUCACAAGACAGAUAUUGAACUACCCGACAAAACAUCUGCGAACGUCACUAUCUCUGCCGGUACCCUUGGAUAUCUGGUUCAAGAGCGAGGUGCCAAUGCUCUUUGUCAGCUCAUCAACGAUACUGGAAAACGAUGCUUAUGCACCCUGCCCCGAAGCAUACUGGACAUCGGGAGUCCUUAUUCGCAGUUCCGCAUCGACCUUCCUCGGGUUGUUCAAGCUCGGCUAUCCAGCCAAGUAUCCAUGGCACGAAACGAUGACCCUACUGCGAGAGCUAUCAUUGCGCUUUGGGACGAUAUACAUAACAAUCUGAGCGAACUUGAGCAGCUAGGCCUCAGACGAAUAUACCGGCCAAUCCUGGAUGACCCGUUGACCAAGGUAGAGUCACUCGAGGCUAUCAUUGCUUCGUUCCCAGACAACGUUUGGGCGGCUCUCAAUACGCCCAGCCAAACUGGAUUCCCAGUGCGAGUAUUCCGAAGUCUUCCGAAGAUCACGGCGACAAGCCCACGACUUGCGCCGAAUCAAGAGAUCAUCUAUUUCCGCCUCUAUGUUGGGCCUAUAUACGGCAAAUACGUUGGUAGAACGAGGCAGGAAUUUCCCUUUGAACGUCAAGUUCAACACGAGAAAGGCACCCGUUCCCGCGUUCAUUGGACAUCACAUUAUCAGACUGCAUCGCGGUACAGCGAAGAAAACAGGCAUGCCUUCCAUAUGAUGACGUUCACGCAGCCACACAGUAGCCUUGUAGCAAUGGCUGAAACAACCUUGUGUUGUCUCCUUCGAACCUUUGUUCCCCACUUCUACGACCCUUCACAGCGAUCUAUUGCCCAGGCCAUGUCCGGCGGAGCAUUAGGCAAUCGCAUGGUAGCAAUAUCUCUUACUCAGAUCGCCGACAAUGCUCUUCGCCGCAGCGGAUAUCCCCGAUUCUCUGGAAACGGCUGCAACUUUAACGUGCCAUUGGAAGAUGGUUUCACGACCAAACGUGAAUGGCUACGGUACAAAGUCACAACAGGCAGCCGGGCUAUGCACGUUUAUCGCUGGCAAGCCAAAGUUCGCCGAGACAGAAAAAGUCUCACUUUAAGCUUCACGAACACUUCGAUUCCGGGUCAGCGAAUGCCAGGCGUCGCCCUUCAUACCUCGUUGGGCCAUCUGCCUGGUAUCGAGGCAGGCAAGCCUCUCAUUGUGUCAGUCGAAAUCAUGGAGGACGGCAAGCCUCACCCAAUGCCCUACUAUCGCGGGCCCGAACAUGGAGCCUGGAGCAACUGCGCAGAGUUACACAGCUUGUGCAUCAAGGUUGAAUGGCAAGAUGAGGAAGCUGGGCAAUGGUAUACCUACCCGGUUAGCUCGGAAAAAAUGUACACUCCUUACUCAGACGUACCGGCAGAGGCAGCAGUUACCAGAGGAUGGAGGCACGCAACCUCCCUUCUUCAGUUUUUCAAGAAUCGUCGAUACAACAACCCGCCCCACUACCUCCAGGCAAGUUACGGAGCGAACAUCAAGGAGAUGGUUUAUGAUCACAUGUCUCAAACCGUUACCACUAGAUCUGUCCCAGAGACAGUUGUCAACCCUCCCACGUUGGUCUCCUUUGAGCACAAUGUUCGUCACUUGCUGCGGGCUGUUGAGACGGCUUGGACAGGUGUGGCAAUCGGUCCCAGACCUGACAAGACGUGGUUCCAUACAGGUGCCCGUCAUGCUGGCGGCCCAAGAGAAUGCCUCAUUUGCAACACGAUACCAAAACUCUCCCUUUACUCGAUUCGUGAAGUCGCGUGCAACACUCGAAAUCCCUUCGAGGUCGGUGCGACCGAGCCCCAGCGGGAGAAGAUCCUACAAGGCUCAUGCGAUGUAUGCUGGAGAUUUUUGCGACGACCGUGUGUAUGGGUACAGGACAGCUUCUCUGAGAAGGACAGCGAAGGAAUUCACUUCCUACCCCCAGGAUACGAGCGCCUCGCCUUUAGUCCUCGUUACAAAGGCUCUGCGAUCCCGAUUACAGCCCCACUUGACCCUGAACAGUACGCCAAUGCUGAAACAAUUGCGGAACAGGUGGUCGAUGAUGAAAUCGACGAAGCAGAAGAUGGUGGCGAUUUUGGAGAAUGA